CUACUCGGCUUUCUUCCCCUCCUCAUCCCGUACAAAAAUGUAAACCGGCGGUGCCUUGGCCACCACCACAUAGAGCAUCGCCCCCAGCAGAGGAACGAGGCACACCACCAUGUACCAGCACCACCACGCAGACAGCAGGGGGUGCUUGACCGUCCACCUGCACCUCCAACCACACCAGACAGACACAGACAAAGUCUCCUUUGUGUCGGUGCGUUUGUAUGUGUGUACCCAGAGUACAUGGCCAGCUCCAUGGCGGCCAGCCCGACAAAGAACACAGGCCACCCAGCCGUCCUGUGCACCUUCUUGACCACCACUGACACGCUCCUCGGCAGAAAUCCCCUGCCAUAAUAGUACAGAGCGCCUCCCAUGCUCGCGGCAGCCAUUGCCAGGAAGGCGGCCAGGCCCACCCACGAGUGAUAGGUGGUGAAGUGGGGCUUCUUGUUGAUCUGCUUGUUGUAAUAGAUACACGCGAAACCUGAUGGAUGGAUGGAAGAGCAGCUCAUGCACCACCACACGCACGACACGAGCAGGUCGGUGAGUGAAUGGCGAGAAUGAAUGGCCUCACACCUUACCGAUGCUUAUUGCCACGACCGUGGCAGCAUUGAGCAUGGCGUGUGAGAAGUCCCUGGUAGCGCCGCGCAGUGCAGUGAAGCUCAAGAGGCUGAGGGGCAGCAGCAGGCCGACGGCAGAAGCCAUGCCGAUGACAUGGCCGCUGAAGAUGGACACAUUGGGCUCCACUGCUGCAAUCACCAAAUUGGCUGUCAGCCUGAAAGACAGACAUACACGGCAAAGAGCGCAUGACUCGCGGCAUGAGUGAACCACUGAUGGAUCCCGUGUGUGUGUGUGUGUGUGUGUGUUGGCAGGUAUGUGCUUUGCUGGAGAUCCUGCCUCAUGCGGGAGUACCCGAUGCAUGACGCACAGAGCCCUCCGUAGCGCCUCAAAGCGGAUGGAUUCAGCUUCCACUUCACUCGCUUGGACGAAUCAUUCAU